UCCGGUAUUGCGUGUCAACACACCGGCGUGACAAGAUGUCGAAGGUAACUUUCAAGAUAACGUUGACGUCUGAUCCAAAACUGCCAUACAAAGUGUUGAGUGUUCCAGAAGCCACACCUUUCACAGCAGUUUUAAAAUUUGCAGCUGAAGAGUUCAAAGUCCCUGCUGCUACUAGUGCCAUUAUCACAAACGAUGGUAUUGGAAUUAACCCAGCUCAGAAUGCAGGCAAUGUGUUUCUAAAGCAUGGCACGGAAUUGAGACUUAUACCAAGAGACAGAGUAGGGUGCUGUUGACACAAUGAUAACGAUUCUAGGAAAUAAUAAAUUUGAACUUUUUACGAUUUUGUGGCAGGAGAAACACACUGGAAUCUCAGUGGUUGAAGACAUGACUUUGGCUAAUUCCUGCUGCAGCCAUUUUAACCAAUGAAACGUCUCUCUCAGAUAUAUCUUCCAUAUUGCUACAGGAUAUACAGGCCUCUAAGAAUUGAAAACUGGUGAAAACCAUUCAUGGGUUACGCAAAAACAAGUUGUGGUAACCCAUUUUGAUUUUGCAUAAUCCAUUGUGAUCAUGUAAAUGAUGUUUUAAAUUAAAUGCAUGAAUGGAAAUUAGUUGACACAAAACUAGCAUUGUGUAAGUGCUGGGCAAAUGGAACUAUCAUUCUUGCCAUUUUUAGAGGCCUGUUGUUACAAUAAUUGUUGGGAUACUCUUACAUGUAUUGGGCAUAUUCAGAGGUAUCACAAACAGUUUUAAUUGUGAUUCAGUUAUUGGACACAGGACCACACGUCAAUUGUGAAUUUUAAAAACAAUUUGCAAAUUUUAUUUCAUUUUGACAAACAAAUUUAAUGUAAUUAUUGAUAUUUUGUUGGAAAAUAAAGUGGGUUUUGAAGUUUAAUAGAUAAUUUGGCGAACUUUUGUAUUUGCCCAGAGCUAACCCUGGGACAUAUUCAAAGGUGUCACAAACAGUUGUAAGUGUGAUACAGUUAUUGGACAUAUUUAAAGGUAUCACCAACAGUUUCAAAUGGGAUUCAGUUAUUGGGUAUAUUCAGUGGUAUCACAGUUUCAAAUGGGAUUCAGUUAUUGGGUAUAUUCAGUGGUAUCACAGUUUCAAGGUAUUUGUUUUAAUUUGGGCAUUGGAGUGGCAGGGCUAACCCUGGGACAUAUUCAAAGGUGUCACAAACAGUUGUAAGUGUGAUACAGUUAUUGGACAUAUUUAAAGGUAUCGCCAAAAGUUUCAAAUGGGAUUCAGUUAUUGGGUAUAUUCAGUGGUAUUACAGUUUCAAAUGGGAUUCAGUUAUUGGGUAUAUUCAGUGGUAUUACAGUUUCAAAUGGGAUUCAGUUAUUGGGUAUAUUCAGUGGUAUCACAGUUUCAAAUGGGAUUCAGUUAUUGGGUAUAUUCAGUGGUAUCACAGUUUCAAAUGGGAUUCAGUU